AUUUGACAGAACGAAUACGCUAAGCCAAGUCAAGAAUAAGCUCCUCUCUAAUUAACAUGACAUUGAAACUCGUUCUUUUUUUUGCGGCACUUUCCUUCUUUGUCUCUAACUGCCUUUUCGACCUUCGAUCCCCACAUAAUUCCAAUUAUUUGUAAUCUUCUUCAAUAAAUUUGAGUGGCAAUCGCAAUUCAAAGGAGAGAGAGAUUGAGAGAGUAAGAGAAGUUCAGCUGAAAAAUGAGUUUUGCAGAUUUGGAGGCGGGUAGACCUUUGCCUUCUCUAAGAAGACAACAAAAUCAACAACCUCAAGACCCUUCUCAUUCUGUUGCUGCUGGAAUUUUCAAGAUUAACACCGCUGUUUCCUCCUUCCAUCGUCUUGUUAAUACUCUUGGAACUCCUAAAGAUACGCUUGAUCUUCGUGAUCGACUCCAUAAGACACGAUUGCAUAUAGGGCAGUUGGUUAAGGAAACCUCAGCGAAGCUCAAGGAAGCUAGUGAAACUGAUCUACGUUUUGAAGUUAGUGCUAGCAAGAAAAUUGCUGAUGCCAAACUUGCUAGAGACUUCCAGGCAGUUCUUAAGGAAUUCCAAAAGGCACAACGACUUGCAGCACAAAGAGAAACUGCAUAUUCUCCUUUUGUUCCGAAAGAUGUUCCUUCGGCUAGGUUGGGUGAAAACGAUGAGGAAAGAAGCUCAUUUCAGAGGCAGGAACAGCAGGCCCAGCUUUUGGAGUCUAGAAGACAGGAGGUAGUGCUUUUGGAUAAUGAGCUUCUUUUUAAUGAAGCUAUUAUAGAAGAGAGAGAGCAUGGCAUUCAGGAAAUCCAACAGCAGAUUGGUGAAGUGAAUGAAAUAUUUAAAGAUCUUGCAGUGCUAGUAUCUGAUCAGGGAGUCAUGAUUGAUGAUAUUAGUUCCAACAUUGAAGGUUCCCAUGCUGCAACAACACAAGGAACUUCUCAACUUCUCAAAGCUGCAAAGACUCAAAAAUCUAGUUCUUCAUUGGUUUGUUUGCUCUUGGUGAUAUUUGGGAUCAUCCUGCUCAUUGUAAUAAUAAUUGUUGUGUUUUGAAGAGGAAUUCACUACACCUUAUCAUCAAAUCAAUAAUGGUGUUGUGUUGUAAAAAGUUUGAGGAGUAUUAAGAUUGUGCUGUGUCCUGUGUGGGUGGUAAAUAAAUGUUUCAUCCAAUACAAUGUACAGUUUCCUAAUUACAUUUAGUUUGUUUUCGACGAAAUCAUACUCUUAAGUCAAUAAUAUGUACAAAUUAAUUGAAUUUAUUAUUAUUUAGAUUUACGUGUACACUUUUGCUUCUCA